AUGUCUUCUUCUGAAAUAUUUAACAAAAUUUUUAAUUUUUUACAUAAUUCACCUUCAGAUCAUAUUACUGCAUUUUCUGUUAUUUUUCAACUAAUAGAAUAUGAUACAUGGUAUCUAAAAGAAGAACUGAGAGAAAUAAUUCAUAAUGUGAUUAACAAGGUGAAAAACCUUGACCAACAAAAUUCUGAAAAGUAUUUGAAAAUUAUUGAUAUUCCUUUGAAG